AUGGAUAGAAUAACCUUUAUUGAAGGCCUCCGUGCAUUUCAUGAAAGUCAGGGACGUGCUUUUAGGCCACCAAAAGUAGCUGGUAUAACCUUAGAUAUAUACAAGAUGUUUCUUCUUAUUAUUUCGCGUGGUGGCUUCUCCCGUGUGAACAAAAAUUCAAGAUGGUUCGUUUUUGCUAAGCCUAUGGGUAUACCUAUUCCUGAUGGUGAACAUCACAAAAUAGGUUUAGGUAUAAAAUCAUUUUAUAUUAACUGGUUACGUGAAUAUGAAAAGGUCCUUGAUGAGAGUAUUAAGGUAACAAUGGCUGUGGAUUUUGCCUCAACAAAUCCCUCAUUGGUACCUAACCAAUCAUAUAUUACUACUAACUUGGGAUUGAAUGCUUCCCAUUCUUUAUCUAAUAAUAUACCUCUAACUAGAUCUGCUGCUGCUUCAGCAUCGAAUGAUAAACAAAGUACAAAGAUGAGUUAUCCAACUCCCCAGAAUUAUGCAAUUACAAAUGAAGAUAAUUUAAUAGAUAUGAAAGUUAUACAACCUAAUGUUGUAUAUUAUAUUGGAAAUAACUCUGAACAACACAAAAACUACUUGGAUGCCAGGUCUGAAGUUGAAGCAGAGUGUAGAAUAUUGAAUAUGCGCUCAAACUACUUACCAAUAGAAACUGAUCCAUGGAAGUUAAUUUUAGAACUCAAAAAUCCUAAUUUCAAAAUAAAUAAUGUGUUAUAUAGCUUGAAUAGUCUCCAAUUACUAGCUAGUUGCAAUUAUUUGAGUUUUAGAAGUUUUCCAUCUCUUCCUUUAGAACUUGCAGAGAUGAUUACAAAUUGCACUUUUUCUUUAGAUUCAGUAAUGUAUAAAUUUGAUAAAUGUACGAAAAAACGCAAGCGAGACUUAAAGAUGAGAUAUAGUCAUGCAUGGAAGAAGAUGGAAAGAAAAGAAAGAAUGGAGAAUAGGGUAUGCCUGUUAUUCAUUCCAGCCUUUCAUAAACAUGUACUAGCAGCUUUGACAAAUAUAGUUAAUGAAUCACUUAGUAAUGUAGAAAAUCUGGAGCUGAUAACUGGUAGGAAGCAUAUUAGUAAUAACCUUUUCAAGCUAAUAACAAGAGAUGGGUAUUAUGAUGAAAAUGAUGAUAGAGAUGAGGAUAUAAAUGUAGGAGAUGAAGAGAUUAUUGAUGAUUUAGACUACUUUUCAAUAGGUAAAACAAAUACUUCUUAUGAAAGUAUAGGUUCAUUAUAUAUAUAUAAGAAAUCAUAUCUAAAAAAUGGAUUCUGCAUACCUAAGGAUUUUUAUGCAUCUCUUGGAACUAAAAGUGGAGAUAUCCAUAACGACCACAACCAAAAAUUAGCAUCUGAAAAUUUAGUGAGUACAAGGAUUUUGAAGUCUCUUACAGUUUCACUUAUUACAGCAUUCCGUACUUGUUCAUCUAUAGUUAUUGCUUAUGAAAAAUGUUACCAUGAAGAGAGCACCUCUGAUUAUGUUCGUUGUAGAAUAGCUCCAGAAAUAUCUGAAGAUAGAUAUAAAAAGAUUUUUUUAGAGGUUAAACCCGGAUCAAGCGACUUUCUUGUAUCUGAAGACAAUUUGACAAUAUUGAAUGAUGGAAAUAAGAGUCAAGAUACUUUUGGAAGUGCUGAUAACUUCGAUGUAUUAAAUUUUGCAAGUAUGAAAACUAUGAGAGAAAAAAAAAUAGAGAAGACACAGGGUUUUGCAAAAGAUCAAACUAGAUUACCUAGUUAUAAAUCUCCUACAUUUCCAAUUCAAUAUGCUUAUAUUGAGUCAUUAAAACAAGAAUUAAAACCUAUUUGGAUAACAUUGUAUUCAAUAACUGAAACCUUUAAGAGAUGUAUUCCCUACCUAGUAGGAGAGAUUAUUUUUGAUGAAUUUUUAGCAUUAAGUAACUCGUGUAUUCAUGCUUUGUUUGAUCAGUGCUGUAAAAGCGAAUACUUCUUUAUUCCUAACAGAAAGCUUGAUAAACUAUAUAAUGGGAAAUAUAUUUUACCAUGCCUUAUAUGUUGCGAUUCUGGAUAUAGAUAUUUAGCGAAAAUCAUGGAAUUUGGUUGUACAUUUGUUUUAUUCAUAUCUUCAGACUACUCAAUCCAUAUUUCACAAAUAAAAUCUCAAACUUUGAGAAUUUUUUAUCAGACACUUUUAAGACUCGCUUCGAUUUGCAUUUCAAAUUAUAAUGAUGAACCGGAACUACAAAAUAAAAAACAUUUAAGUUCAUCUGAUUUCAUUUUUGUAACUGAGGUAUUCCAAAAUGCACUUGCUUUGGUGACAAUACUUGCUGAAAAUUUGUCAUUUGAUAAAAUAUUUGCCCCAGCAGGUACUUUGCAACAUAAUCACUUAAGACAUCAUACCAAAUUUACAGAAUCUCUCUUGGUAUCAGAAGUAGAUGUGAAACAAAAUAAAGAAGAUCUAGCAACACUAUCUGACAAUGUGGAUAACUUUAUACACAAUAAAAUUGUGGUUUUAUGGGGUAGACAAGUAGUUGGACCAAUCAUUUACUUGCUAAAAAAUAAAAUGUUUUCCCUAUAUGGAAAAACAACUUUAUCUAAUUCAUCCAAUAGUUUAAUAAACUCUCUAGAAAAUAUCUUUGAACAAGACGAUAUUAACAGUGAUAUUUCAAAAAAUAGGGUAGAGUUGGCAAAAGAGUCGAAAUUAUACUCAAAUAUGGCAUCAAACUUUACAUUUAGAAGUUGUUUUGAUGUAUCUCACUCACCUGAAAGAGUGAGUGAAUCAAACUUGAUCAGCUGUGAACUUCCACUGGAAUGUCUCAUGGCUUGUCAUUUUUUAAUUCAUAUUUCUUCAGUUCUUCUAUCAAUCCCCCCAAAAAAGGAAAGUGAGGACUCAAAUAUAAGAUAUAAAACUUCAAAAGAGUUAGUUGUAGAUAUUCUUUUUCCUUUCAUUGAUAUUUUUAUUGAGAUAGCAUGGCUACCGUCGAAAAUGAAAGAUGCAAUGUGGUCAAUUAUUGAAGAACUGUGUAUUUCAAGUGGAGUUAAUUUUCAUAUAUCACUUAGUACAAGCAAAGUUAAUAUAGCUCAAAGUAAAUAUCCUCAUCAGCAAAUAUAG